AUGGCUGCCGCGCUCUUCGCCGCCCAUACAGCCCUGGCGCUGGCCUUCUGCGCUGCGCUGGUGCUGGCGCUGUGCGUGAUGCUUGCAGGCGCCCGCAGUGGCGGCAGGCGGUGCCCGCCUUACUGCCGCAAGUCCUCCUCCAUCGCAAUCCUGACCCUGCCACCCUGCCACACCACGCCCGCCCAGACGGCCUCCCCCAGCGGAGAGCCCUGCGAGGGCGGCGACGGCGAUGGCAUGCACCAGCAGCAGCUCCUAUUGUGGAGCGGCAUCGGCCUGCACAAGCGCAUCUUUGGAGAGCUGCUCUCCUUUGACCUGCGCCAGCGAGUGUGGAGGCACCUGCGGCCCGCCCCCGGCCCGCACCCCGUGCCCCGCUGGAAGGCGGGUACCGCGCAGGCGGCUGCAGGGGGCAUGGUGGUGGUGGGCGGCGACGCCUACACCCCCAACACCCGCCUGCACAGCUACAGUAACGACGUGUGGCGCCUGGCGCCGACGCCGGCGGGACACUGGACCUGGGAGCAGGCGGUCGUGGCGCCUGGCGCCCAGCCAGCUCCCCGCAGGGGCCACUCCACCAUACACUACAAGGGCGAGGAUGUGGCGGAGCACAUCGUUUUGUUUGGCGGGCGCACCCAGGACAAGGCGCUGCUCAACGAUGCCUGGGUGCUUAGCCUGCGCUGGCCCAACGCCACCUGGCACCAGCUGGCGCCGCAGCUGCCCUCCGGCUACGGCGCGCCCGCUCCCCGCAGAGGCCACUCCGCCGUCCUGGUGCCAGGCGGCAAUGGCAGCUCGCCACACAUGCUGGUGUAUGGCGGGCGGGAGGAUGUGAAAUACUACGAUGACGUGUGGCUGCUGUCGGUUGGGGAGGGCAGCUGGCGGCGCCUGGAGCCCACCUCAGAUGCCCUGCCCUUGGGCCGCGACCACCACUCCACGGCGGUCGCCGGCGGCAAGAUGUUUGCGUGGGGCGGGCGCUUGGGGCGCACCUACUUUGAAGCCCAGGCGCUGAAUGAGCUGUGGGCGUUUGACCUGCAGACCCGGGCCUGGGAGCAGGUGGAGCAGAAGGGCCCGGUGCCGCUGCCCCGCUUUGAGCAGGCGCACACGCAAUACACGCCUCCGGGGGCCGCAGCUCCGCGCCUGCUGGUCUUUGGCGGCCAGGCGGCCCACGUGUGCCAGCUGAACGACGUGGCGGAGCUAGACCUGGCCACGCUGACCUGGCGCCAGCUCAGCGCGCCCCGCUUCUGCACGCACAGGUGCCGCAAGGCCCACCGCCAGGGGCUCCUGGGCUGA